UCGACUUCAUUAGAUGAGCCUAAAGUCUGCUAUCCUCUACACACAUUCCCCCCAAUCCAUCUCCACCCAUCUUUCACUCCUCCCUCCUGGAGCGAGAGCAGCUCGCCCUCAUUCCUCAUCCCUCCUUCAUCCCCUGCGCACCGCAAUGGCUCUGGGAGCCGCCGCUGUAUACGUGGCGCUCGGUCUCGCCUCGCUCUCCGUUUUGGGGGGUGUGUGCGGAGCCUCGGCUCCGGGCUCUCUCUCCGGCCUCCUGCCGCCUUACGACGAGCUGUACUACCUCGGUGUGCGGGCAUAUUUUAAGGAGGAGUGGGAGAGAGCCGCGGAGCACCUCGAAAAGUCUAUUUCGACCAGACAGGCCCUCCGCAGGACCCGGAGAAGAUGUCACGACGAGUGUUCAACGGCCGGGGACGAGUUAGCGCCCGGGCUAGGCACAGAAAAAGGCGGAAGCUGGGACUUGUUGGUGCUUGAAUGGAUCCAGCAGCGAGCGGAGUGUAUAAGGUUUUGUCUGGGCCAGAGCGUCACUCCUGCCGGGCAGCUUCCUGUAUCGAUGGACAUCGAGUAUGAAUUUGGGACCCGGAACCCGUAUAAUUUCCUGCAGGUCACCUAUUACAAGCUGGGGAAGCUGCAGAAGGCCGCCACGGCUGCCCACACGUUCUUCGUGGCCAACCCGAGUCACCUGGAGAUGAGGAACAACAUUGAGAAGUACAGGCGCAUGAGCGGCGUCACGGAGGAUGCCUUUAAUGACCGAGAGAGAGAGCUAGAGAAGCACUGGGAGUUCUAUGACGCGGCUACCUUGGCUGAGAGCACCUCAGACUGGACACGGGCAGUGGAGAGGUGGAAGGAGUGUGUGAACGAGACACUGAAGCAGACGGACGACUGCAGAGCUCAGUGUGUUGUGGCUUCGCAGCCCUUCCCGGAGGAGACGGACAGCACAGAGGGAGUGUACGAGAAAGCUGCAGCGCUCACUCUCUCGCUGUUGUCAUGCAAGCAGAUGUGUGUAUCUCUGGUGUCGACGCGCCCCGGACGGAUUUCUCCUCAAGAGGACUUCAUUCCACUGCAGCUGGAGCAUCUUCAUAUCGCCCAGUACAAAGUUGGUGACCUGAAGGGGGCAGUGAAGACCCUGCGCUCUCUGUUGCUUUUCUACCCCACGGACCCCGACUCCCUCAGCAACCUGCAGCUGUAUUCUGAGUCUCUGGAAGGCGACGCUGAGGCUCAGGACACAGGCCCAUCGCAAGAGAUUGCCAGCUACGUCAGCAGAGCCUUAGCAGAGAAGAAACUGCUCUACUUUGGAGUGGAAAACCUGGAUUUUAAAUUCAUUGACCCGGAUCUGUGGACACCAGAGGGCAUCGUUCCCGAGUCACUGAGGGAAAGCUGGAGAGCAGAGAGGGAGCUGCUUAACGAGAAACUGAAGGAAGGGGAAAAAUGGUUAGAGGUGGACGACAGUGGGUUCUAUGCAGGGGGUCCGGUUCCCCUGGUUGGUGUGACAAUUACAAUGGAUGACCUGGCCCUGAACGGAACAAAUCGUGUUGUACUGGAUGGGGUCUUGUCGCAGUCUGAGUGCGACACUGUGAUGCAGCUGGCCAGCGUUGCUGCCUCAGUUGGUGACGGUUACAAAGGAAGACGUUCUCCUCACACGCCUCAUGAGAAAUUCGAGGGCCUGACUGUUCUAAGGGCUCUUAAGUUGGCCCAGGAUGGAAUAGUGAACCAGUCAGAUGCCAGGCUGUUGCAUGAAAUGGGAGAGAGAGCCAGAACGCUAUUGCAUUCGUAUUUCAGAAGCCACUCAGCUCUGUACUUCGCCUACACACACCUAGUUUGCCGCUCUGCCAUUCCAGGGCAUCAAGAUGGACGCUUGGAUCUGUCUCAUCCCGUUCAUGUGGAUAACUGCAUACUGGAGCCAGAGACACGGCAGUGCUGGAGAGAGGCUCCGGCUUUCACACACAGAGAUCUGAGUGCGAUUCUCUACCUGAAUGAAGACUUUGAAGGAGGGGAGCUGUUCUUCACUGACAGAGAUGCCAAAACAGUCACAGCCAGGGUCAAGCCCAGCUGUGGGAGACUCGUUGGAUUCACAUCAGGACCAGUCAACCCACAUGGUGUUACCGCAGUUACGGCAGGCCGCAGGUGUGCUCUAGCGCUGUGGUUCACCACGGAAAAACACCACAGAGACAUGGAACGGGAGCAGGCGGAGGCCAUGUGGGCAGCAGAUGGACAGAGCGUGGUAAAGGAAGACCAGGAGGAUUCCGACAGCGCCCUUGCACCUGCUCGGAGUGGGCGGAGCCAAACAUCUAAAGGGAGGAGCAAAGAGAGGGAGAGAGUGACAAGUGGGAGGGAUGAACUUUGAAAGCGAUCCCUGAAUCUGUGACGGCCAGCCCCACGGCUUUCACAGAGCUCUUCAUGAACACUGAGAAAUACCCAGAUAUGUCUCUUAAGACCGAGUGGGUGUGAGUAUAUGUAUGUCCAUAAGUUUAUUUCUGUCUCACCCAGAUUUGAAAGGCCAUUUGGUGCUGAAGCCUCAGGAUUUAUUCUGUGAAGCCGUUUUCUCGGAAUAAAGGAACAAUAAUAGGAUUAAACUGAACAGCCAUUUAAUUAUUAACCGAAUAUUUGUUCUGUGACAUACUAUGACUUAUCAGCUUUGGUCUCAUAUCCACAGUAAAAUGACUACAAGAUCAAACAAAUAUUCCGUUUAAGUUGCGGUGGGAACAGUAUGCCUUGUUAUUGUGAAUGAUGAAGAGCAUUAAAGGUUGAGUAAGUAA